AUGCUGCACGAUGAUGGUAACAUUGUAUUUGUUAUAGUUUGCAGUAUAGGAGCCGACAAGUACGUGUUGUGUAGUGUCUGCCCCACCUGUGUAUCGUGGCACCGCGCGGUUAUUAAUGGCGGCGGCCGCGCGUCUCUCAGCGUCAUAAAUCACGCGCGAGUCGCGACGCUAUACCUACACUUAAUAAUUUUAAAACUAUUUCACGAGGUGACAAUGCCGUGCUGCUUCCUCUCUGCGCAGUGGCCAUCAUUUUUCUAUAUACAUUUUCGAAUUUCUUUAGAUUUACCGGGAGUUGUAAUUACUUCGUGUAACGAUUACGGUGGCAGUGUCUGGGUGUAG